AAGUGAUUAGCCUCCCCUGAUGAGUUGUCGUUCUUAAAUUGAUUCAACUUCCGGUUAGCAAAGAAUUCCAAGAUGGCGACGAACAAUGAAGUAGAGUGUGACAUAGUUUUUGAACGGUUAUCAGUGCGUGAAUUACGAUUAUAUCUGAAAGAUCGAGGCGAAAAUGUAUCAGGAAAUCGACCUGAAUUGAUCAAAAGAGCCAGGGGGCUCUUGAAAUUAGGAAAGAGGACGCUAAAAGAGAUUGAAAUCUCGGACAACGUAGAUCAUGAUGUUCGUCAAUGUCAAUUGUUUACAACGCCGCUCGGAGAGAAAUUACCCACACCGUCGGAAAUAAAAGAAUGCUGGGAUGAGAAUUUAGAUAAAGUUCCAAAUUUUCGUAAAGAGGACUUGUAUAACUAUUUGGUAUUAAGCAAAUCAAGGACUCAUGACAAGGAAAAUAGGAAUGCCAAGCGUCAAUUGAAAGCUGCAGUGUUUUACGAAGACAGACAUGUGCACGGUGUACGAUACCACCAGAUUACCCCAGAGUGUUCACAUUGCUAUGUCAGAGCAAAGGUUAUACCAUCCCUUCCAACAGACAAUAAGAAAAAAGAUUACGAUGCUUGGGUCUGUCUGGCUAAGAUGUCAGGAAUGGUUCAUUCUGCUGGCUGCAACUGCACUGCUGGAGAGGGCGAAUCAUGCAACCAUGUGGCAGCGCUGCUAUAUGCAUUAGUUGACAUUACAGAUAAACGGAAAGAUGGAACAGGAGCAUCAACCUCAAAACCAUGUAAGUGGAAUAGGCCUCGGAAACGAAAACUCAGUCCUCAGAAGUCGCAAAACAUUACUUUCAAAAAAAUUAAAUAUGAAGAACAGACUACUGAACGUGACCCUAAACACAAGAAACAACUGAAUACAUGUACAAUGGACGGUGUAAAACCACUGAAUCUUCAUUCGCUAUGUCUUAAAUUAAAGAGCUGUGCCCCGAAUGCAGCAUUGCUGCUAAGUAUGGAGACUGGAAAAGAAAUUGUGCAACAAGCAGAGGAUUUAAAACUCCCAAAUUUGCAUACAGUUCCAUAUAUGUAUCAUGACAGUGUAAGCAUAGAGAACCCAGUCUGUAAAGAAGCGUUCCGAAACCAUAUGUCAUCAUUACAUAUAACAAGCGAGGAAUGUGUACGAUUAGAAAAAAUGACAAAAGGUCAAAGCAAGAACGACAUAUGGAUGGAAGCUAGGAUAGGGCGCAUUACAAGUUCUAUGUUUGGGACUGUAUGCAAGAAGAGAGUGGAUACAAAACCUGAUAGUAUCAUAAAAAACAUCAUGAACUAUUCUUCAUUUGAUACUGAAGCUACAAGGUGGGGGAGAAAUCAUGAAGCAGCAGCACGUCGAGUUUACCAGAAUAUCAUUCAGACAUCACAUCCUGGAUUGAAGGUUUUUGGAUCUGGACUUGUUAUUAAUGUAGAUCACCCACAUUUAGGGACAAGUCCUGAUGGUGUUGUGGACUGUUGUGAAAAGUGCCAGGACAGGUGUGGUGUUUUGGAAAUUAAAUGUCCAUACAAACAUAGGAAUGCUUCUGUUUAUGAGGCCUGUCAAGACAAAUCCUUUUGUUGUUCUGUGCUCAAAGGAAAGAUUUCAUUAAAAAAGACACAUUCUUUCUAUUACCAAAUCCAAGGUCAGAUGGCAUUGACUGGACGACAUUGGUGUGACUUCUUUGUUUGGACAUUGAAAGGACAUUAUGUUGAAAGAAUUCCAUUUGAUGCUAGUUUCUGGAAAGAAAUGUCAUCAAAGUUGAAUUUGUUUUACGAACACUAUGUUGUUCCAGAAUUCUUUACAGAGCGUAUUAAACGCGGAAAGGAACUUGUGUGAAUGGAUUCUUCGACUGAUAAUGUGAUUCAUCAAACUGUGUGAAUGGAUUGAUUCAAUCAUUGAAUUCAUAUUGCUUGUGACACUAAGAGUUGAAUUUGAUAAAAAACAGUAAAUAAGACAAUUGAUCCUUCAUUCUUAAUAUGUCAUUUGAAUAUAUUGAGGUCCAUUUAUUAAAUAUAUUCUGAUUUCUAUGUAUGUUUUCAACACAUAAUGUGUUGUUGUUUAGAUUUUGUUUUUAAAUGCUGGAAAUAAAAGUUGGUAUGUCCUAAUGUGUGCUUUUAUCUUGCAUGAAAUCCAACAUUCAUCUUUAUAUCAUAGGGUUUUAACCUGAUAGCAUACACAGAUGGCCAAAUAAAAAAAGUAUGUGUUAAACGCAGGUUUUGCCAGGUUUAGUCUUGAAAUGUGGGAUUCCAU